GCGGCGGCGGCGACGCCGGGUGGGGAUGGGGUCGCAGACGCUGCAGAUCCUCCGGCAGGGGGUGUGGGCCGCGCUCAGCGGCGGCUGGUACUACGACCCACACCAGGCCACCUUCGUGAACGCGCUCCACCUCUACCUGUGGCUCUUUCUGCUCGGCCUGCCCUUCACGCUUUACAUGGCCCUUCCUUCUUCGAUGAUUAUAGUAGCAGUUUAUUGUCCUGUGGUAGCUGCUGUUUUCAUUGUUCUGAAGAUGGUCAACUAUCGCCUACACAGAGCAUUGGAUGCUGGAGAAGUGGUGGAUAGAAGUGCAAAUGAGUUCACAGACCAGCGCGCCAAGGCUGAACAAGGCAACUGUUCAACAAGGAGGAAAGACAGCAAUGGUCCUAGUGAUCCUGGUGGAGGGAUUGAGAUGUCAGAAUUCAUUCGAGAGGCCACACCUCCGGUUGGCUGCAGUUCAAGAAAUUCUUAUGCUGGUCUAGACCCAAGCAACCAGAUUGGCUCUGGAUCAUCUCGACUUGGAACAGCAGCAACUAUUAAAGGAGACACGGACACCGCUAAGACCUCUGAUGACAUAAGUUUGAGUCUGGGCCAGAGCUCUAGUCUUUGUAAAGAAGGAAGUGAAGAACAAGAUUUGGCAACUGAUCGCAAGCUCUUCCGCCUGGUCUCCAAUGACUCCUUCGUUUCUAUUCAGCCAUCCUUGUCCUCUUGUGGACAGGACUUACCAAGGGACUUCAGUGACAAAGUGAGCCUGCCAAGCCAUAGCCAGCACCACCGUGUUGAUCAGUCACUGUGCAGUGCCUGUGACACAGAAGUGGCUUCUCUUGUACCUUUACAUUCACACUCUUAUAGGAAGGAGCACCGGCCACGAGGAGUGCCACGCACUUCCAGCUCUGCCGUGGCUUUCCCUGACGCCUCACUGAGUGGCCUCCCUCUUUACCAACAGCAGCAGAGACGGGGGUUAGACCCAGUUACUGAGUUAGACUCAUCUAAGCCUCACUCAGGCACCAGAGAGUCCUUAGUGGGGCAGUCCUGCCCUCCUGCACAAUCUCAGCCUGCCGCUGACCGGAGAAAAAGUUACUCUCAGCCACCCACCAAGUGUGGGAAGAGCAGGGCGUUGAAUGCUGAAAAGAGUGUGGACAGCCUCAGGAGCCUGAGCACGCGGAGCAGUGGGUCCACAGAGAGCUACUGCAGCGGGACCGACAGGGACACCAACAGUACUCUCAGCAGCUACAAAAGCGAGCAGACCAGCUCCACUCACAUAGAGAGCAUCUUGUCUGAGCACGAUGAGUCUCCUAAAGUGGGAGACAAGAGUGCCCGGAAGGAGGGCUGUGCCGAGUCAGCGGAAGAGAGGUGCCACGGGGCCACUGACCGAAGGACUAGCAGUGACAAGACUGCCCUAGAGGGGAGCACACCUGCUGGGCCUCCUGAGGCCCCAGAUGCUCAGGCAUCUGAGGAGAAGCCUGACCAGGUUGCUCCCAGCAGCUCUGCAUCAGAAGAUGCCAAUAAAAACCCCCAUGCGAACGAGUUCACUGUCCCCGGGGACAGGCCGCCUGAGCAAAGUGCAGAGAGCAAAGAGGAGCAGGGCGAGAAGCCCAGCCUUUCCACAGACUCCAAAGUUUGUAAAGACGAUGGUGGGAAGCAGAAGGAAGGAGACGUCCGACCCAAAUCCUCCAGCUUAAUCCACCGGACAACUUCUGCCCAUAAGCCAGGCAGGAGGCGCACAGGAAAGAAACGGGCCAGCAGUUUUGACUCCAGUCGCCAUAGGGACUAUGUUUCCUUUCGAGGAGUUUCUGGAACCAAGCCGCACAGUGCUAUAUUUUGUCAUGACGAGGACUCUAGUGAUCAAAGCGACUUGAGCAGAGCACCCAGUGUUCAUUCUGCUCACCAUUUCAGCAGUGAUAGCUCUUCCAGUGCCACUUCUCAUUCCUGCCAGUCUCCUGAGGGCAAAUACAGUGCCCUCAAGACAAAACAUGGCCAUAAGGACCGGGGCACAGACUCAGACCACACUCACAGAGCUCAUGCAGGCCCUGAGGGAACAGCCAAAAAGAGGGCAUCUCGGAGGACUUCCAGCACACAUAGCGCCAAGACACGGGCUCGGGUUUUGAGCUUGGAUAGUGGCACUGUGGCCUGUUUGAAUGACUCAAACAGGCUGCUGGCACCGGACAGCAUAAAGCCCUUAACCACUUCAAAGUCAGAUCUUGAGGCCAAAGAGGGAGAGGUGCUGGAUGAGCUGUCUUUGCUCGGCCGGGCUUCCCAGUUAGAGACGGUCACACGGUCCAGGAAUAGUUUGCCAAGCCAGGUUGCAUUUCCUGAAGGGGAGGAGCAAGAUGCAGCCACUGGAGCAGCACAGGCCAGCGAGGAGGCAGUGGCCUUUCGCCGGGAACGCAGCACAUUUAGGCGCCAGGCAGUACGGCGCCGGCACAAUGCAGGGAGUAACCCUACCCCUCCUACCUUGCUCAUCGGACCACCCCUAAGCCUUCAAGAUGGUCAGCAAGGCCAGCAGUCCACAGCCCAGGUCAAAGUCCAGUCCCGCCCCCCAUCCCAGGCUGCAGUGCUCAGUGCUAGUGCCUCCUUGCUGGUGAGAAAAGGGAGUGUCCACUUAGACGCCUCACAUGACCAUGCAUCUGCUGUAGGCGGUAGCAGUUUGCACGAUGAACUUGGUAAGUUCUCAUCCACGCUCUAUGAGACGGGGGGCUGUGACAUGUCACUUGUGAACUUUGAACCAGCAGCAAGAAGAGCGUCCAAUAUCUGUGACACAGAUUCUCAUGUAUCAAGUUCUACCUCAGUUCGAUUUUAUCCACAUGAUAUGAUUCGGUUGAAUAGAUUGCUGACCAUUGACACAGAUCUGUUGGAGCAGCAGGACAUUGACCUAAGCCCUGACUUGGCAGCCACUUAUGGUCCCACUGAAGAAGCUGCCCAAAAAGUGAAGCACUAUUACCGCUUUUGGAUCCUACCCCAGCUCUGGAUUGGCAUUAACUUUGACAGACUCACUCUGUUGGCGCUGUUUGAUAGAAACCGUGAGAUCCUGGAGAAUAUAUUAGCUGUUGUCCUGGCUAUUCUUGUGGCUUUUUUGGGAUCCAUCCUUCUCAUCCAAGGCUUCUUCAGAGAUAUCUGGGUGUUCCAGUUCUGCCUGGUGAUAGCUAGCUGUCAGUACUCACUGCUCAAGAGUGUUCAGCCUGAUUCUUCCUCUCCCAGACAUGGCCAUAAUCGCAUCAUUGCCUACAGCAGACCAGUUUACUUCUGUCUAUGUUGUGGUCUCAUUUGGCUUCUGGAUUAUGGCAGCAGAAACCUAACUACAAGCAAGUUCAAGUUGUAUGGAAUAACCUUCACCAAUCCGCUGGUGCUGCUGUCAGCCAGGGACUUGGUCAUAGUGUUUACACUCUGUUUCCCAAUAGUAUUUUUCAUUGGUCUCCUGCCUCAGGUGAACACGUUUGUAAUGUACCUUUGUGAACAGUUGGAUAUCCAUAUCUUUGGUGGGAACGCCACCACCAGCCUGCUGGCAGCACUGUACAGUUUCCUGUGCAGCGUUGUGGCUGUCGCCUUGCUGUAUGGGUUGUGCUACGGAGCUUUAAGGGAUUCCUGGGAUGGCCAGCACAUUCCGGUACUCUUCUCUGUUUUCUGUGGUUUGCUGGGCGUAUCGUAUCACCUCAGCCGACAGAGCAGCGACCCAUCUGUACUCUUCUCUUUGAUACAAUCCAAGAUUUUUCCAAAAACUGACGAGAAGAACCCAGAAGACCCUCUGUCUGAAGUGAAGGACCCACUGCCAGAGAAGCUUAGCAAUUCUGUAAGUGAGCGUUUGCAGUCCGACCUGGUAGUGUGUGUCGUUAUUGGUGUGCUGUAUUUCGCCAUCCAUGUAAGCACAGUGUUCACAGCGUUGCAGCCUGCUCUCAAGUACGUGCUGUACGCGCUGGUCGGCUUUGUGGGGCUCGUAACCCAUUAUGUGUUGCCUCAAGUAAGGAAGCAGCUUCCGUGGCACUGCUUCUCCCGUCCUCUGCUGAAGACAGCCGAGCACAACCAGUACGAAGUCCGAAAUGCAGCCACCAUGAUGUGGUUCGAGAAACUUCAUGUGUGGCUUCUUUUUGUGGAGAAGAAUGUCAUCUACCCACUGAUUGUCCUCAAUGAACUGAGCAGCAGUGCAGACACGAUUGCUAGCCCAAAGAAACUAGACACAGAGUUGGGUGCCUUGAUGAUCACCAUCGCUGGCCUGAAGCUGCUGCGCUCCUCCUUCAGCAGCCCCACGUACCAGUACAUCACUGUCAUCUUCACUGUGCUCUUUUUCAAGUUUGACUAUGAAGCCUUCUCAGAGACGAUGCUGCUGGACCUCUUCUUCAUGUCUAUCCUGUUCAGCAAGCUCUGGGAACUCCUCUAUAAACUGCAGUUCGUGUACACCUACGUCGCUCCCUGGCAGAUCACGUGGGGCUCUGCAUUCCAUGCCUUUGCUCAGCCCUUUGCGGUGCCCCACUCAGCUAUGCUGUUCGUUCAGGCGGUGGUGUCAGCCUUGUUCUCAACCCCUCUAAACCCCUUCCUGGGGAGCGCCAUAUUCAUCACCUCAUAUGUUAGGCCUGUCAAGUUCUGGGAGAGAGACUACAACACAAAACGUGUAGACCAUUCAAAUACCAGAUUGGCUUCUCAGCUUGAUAGAAAUCCAGGAUCAGAUGACAACAAUCUCAAUUCUAUCUUCUAUGAACAUUUGACCAGAUCCCUACAGCACAGUCUUUGUGGUGAUCUGCUGCUAGGACGGUGGGGGAACUACAGUACUGGAGACUGCUUCAUCCUUGCCUCUGACUAUCUCAAUGCAUUGGUCCACCUCAUAGAGACAGGCAAUGGCCUGGUCACUUUCCAGCUUCGAGGACUUGAAUUCCGAGGUACCUACUGUCAGCAGCGGGAAGUGGAAGCCAUCACAGAAGGAGUAGAAGAGGACGAAGGGUUUUGCUGUUGUGAGCCUGGCCAUGUUCCUCAUGUGCUUUCCUUUAACGCUGCAUUUGGCCAGCGCUGGCUGGCAUGGGAAGUGGUCGUCACUAAGUACAUUCUGGAGGGCUACAGCAUCACUGACAACAGUGCCGCGUCCAUGCUUCAAGUCUUUGACCUUCGCCGAGUACUUACCACCUACUACGUCAAGGGCAUCAUUUAUUAUGUCACAACCUCCUCCAAGUUGGAGGAGUGGCUGGCUAACGAGACAAUGCAGGAGGGAUUGCGUCUGUGUGCAGACCGGAACUAUGUUGAUGUGGACCCAACUUUUAACCCAAACAUCGAUGAGGACUAUGACCACCGGCUGGCAGGCAUAUCUCGGGAGAGUUUCUGUGUGAUUUACCUCAACUGGAUAGAGUACUGCUCUUCCCGCAGAGCAAAGCCACUUGAUGUGGAUAAAGAUUCUUCUCUGGUGACUCUUUGUUAUGGACUCUGUGUUCUGGGACGAAGAGCUUUGGGAACAGCCUCCCACCAUAUGUCCAGUAACCUGGAGUCCUUCCUCUACGGAUUGCACGCCCUGUUUAAAGGGGACUUCCGGAUUUCUUCAGUCCGAGACGAGUGGAUCUUUGCUGACAUGGAGCUGCUAAGGAAAGUUGUCGUCCCUGGAAUCCGCAUGUCCAUUAAGCUCCACCAGGAUCAUUUCACAUCCCCAGAUGAGUAUGACGACCCCACUGUACUCUAUGAAGCCAUCGUGUCUCAUGAGAAGAACCUCGUGAUAGCCCACGAAGGGGACCCUGCAUGGCGGAGCGCAGUCCUUGCCAACUCUCCCUCCUUGCUGGCUCUGCGGCAUGUCAUGGACGAUGGCACCAAUGAGUACAAGAUCAUCAUGCUCAACCGACGCUACCUGAGCUUCAGGGUCAUUAAGGUGAAUAAGGAGUGUGUCCGAGGCCUCUGGGCAGGGCAGCAGCAGGAGCUUGUUUUUCUCUGAAACCAGAACCCAGAGAGAGGCAGCAUCCAGAAUGCCAAGCAGGCACUGCGGAACAUGAUAAACUCAUCUUGUGAUCAGCCUAUUGGCUACCCCAUCUUCGUGUCGCCCCUUACCACGUCUUAUUCUGACAGCCAUGACCAGCUCAAAGAAAUUCUUGGGGGACCAAUCAGCUUGGGAAACAUCCGGGACUUCAUAGUAUCCACCUGGCACAGGCUAAGGAAAGGCUGUGGAGCCGGCUGUAACAGUGGUGGCAAUAUUGAAGAUUCUGACACUGGAGGUGGAACUUCCUGUCCUGCUAACAGUGCCACCACUGCCAGUGAUCCCCACAACAGUGUGCCCCAAGGAAGCACGGGACACCCGGGGCAGGGAGCAGGAUCCGGACUCCACCCGCCCACCACAUCAUAUCCUCCAACACUAGGCACUAGCCACAGUGCCCACUCGGUGCAGUCCAGUCUGGUCAGACAAUCACCGGCACGCGCCUCCAUGGCCAGCCAAUCUUCCUACUGCUACGGCAGCCGGCAUUCGUCCCUCCGCAUGUCCACCACGGGGUUUGUGCCAUGCCGGCGAUCCUCUACCAGCCAGAUAUCACUUCGAAACUUGCCGUCAUCCAUCCAGUCCCGCCUCUCCAUGGUAAACCAGAUGGAAGCUGCCAGCCAGGGUGGCAUGGGCUGUGUGCAGCAUGGCCUGCCCUCCUCCAGCAGCUCCAGCCAAAGCAUCCCGGCCUGCAAGCAUCACACCCUCGUGGCCUUCCUGGGGGCAGAGGGCGGUCAGAGCGGUGCCACUGAGGCCCAGCCAGGCAACACCUCGAGUCCUGCCACCAUUUCACAUGCCAGAAAGGGGGAAGUGGUUUACAGGGUCCAGAUUGUGGAUCUCAGUCAGAUUCUGGAAGGGAUCAACGUGUCAAAAAGGAAAGAGCUACAGUGGCCUGAUGAAGGAAUUCGGUUAAAAGCUGGGAGAAACAGCUGGAAAGACUGGAGUCCUCAGGAGGGCAUGGAAGGCCAUGUGGUUCACCGAUGGGUGCCUUGCAGCAGAGACCCAAGUACAAGGUCCCACAUCGACAAGACAGUGCUUCUUGUCCAGAUCGAUGAUAAAUACGUGACUGUAAUUGAAACCGGGGUUCUAGAGCUGGGGGCAGAAGUGUGAGCGCGUGCUGCACACCUGGGCUCCUCUCCUGGCUUCUCAGCCCCGGGAGAGAAAGCACGGUUGCCGAAGAUCCACCUACGGGGACCGACCGCCUGCCCUUCUCAGCAAAGGCUUGACCAGUGGCUUGGUUAAGCUCCUCUCCACCCUGACUCCUGUCACGGUCGUCAUCCUCAAAGCUGAAGUAUUUUUUUAAGUUAGCUGCAUGAAAGGCAGAGCUGUGGGAGCCUCCGGAUGGAAGGCUCUCCAUGCAUCCAUGCUUUGACCCGCGGACUCUCGUCUCUAACUCUAAGCUCAUAUUUUUCUAAUUUCUUUGCCAAAAACAGUUGCCAUGGUUUUUGUUGUAGAAAAUGAAAUCCACUGACCAUGAUCUUUGCAAACAGACCCAUGUGGAAGCGUUGGGUUCGACAUGUAACAGUGUAAAGUUUAAUGUACAGUGAGAAAGAGGAUGGACAGACAGACGUAGGUUUAUCUUAGUCCUUGAACACUAAAAACUUUAAUGAAAAAAACUGCACUAAUUUUUUACAGCAAUGCACUAAAUCUGAGGUUUCUCAGAACGUUUAUUUAUAUAUAAAAAUAAAAUACCAUUAUUUAAAUUGCCUUCAGGACAAGCCCCUCCCUUUCCUGACGCAGCCAGCAAACCGCUGCUCCUUUUCUGUUAGCGCGCUGGGCGCUGGAGACACUGGCAGCUUCAUCCCUCGCCUUUCCCAGAGCUGGGGAUCAGUGCAUCCACCUGGCGAGGGAUCGCCCGUGUGCCACACAUGUCCAGCGUGGCAGGUCCUGUCAGGGUUACUUCUGGAACAUACUUUUGCUUUUUAAGACGAAGACAAAGGCCCAGGAAUUGAAGAAAGGAUCAGUUGCCUCUUAUUUAAAGAGUUCCUAGCUCUUGACAUUACUCACAUGAAGUUCAGUUUCACAAGUAAAAUGUUUUCAAACAAAAUUGUCUAUGUGGUCAGUUCUUGAUCUGCCAUCAAUAGCAGCUCUCUGCUCUCUGCUCCUUCCCGCUCUUUCUCCAUUACUUGAAUUUAUUUUCUGUAAUGUAUAGUGUAUACCUGUCUUUAAAAUAUUUAUGACUGUGAAAAUGACUUAAUUCAUAUGUUGUCCCAUAAAUUAUAUUGGUUUUUUAAAAGAGCAUGUAUUCAGGAAAUAUGUACCUUGGAUUUACAGUGUGGCUGCGUACAAACUGCAGUUUAGGGUUCAUUUGCAACUUUAAGCAUUUUUUAAUUUGUUUUAAAUUCCAAAGAAAAUGGCCCACCUCUUCUGAGCACCUGGGGCAGCCGUCUGUCUCCCUGCGGACAGACAGUAGAAGGCAGUAGGUCAGUUCAUUCUGAUGUCCCAUGAUUACCCUGUCCAGUUAUGACCAUUCCAACGUGUGGCUUCUGUAUUAGGCCACCCUAAUGUCGUAUCCUCUGAGGUGAGAGGAGAGAGCUGACGAGGAUACAGGCGUCGGGUGUACAGCACUGCAGGAACAAGGAGCACUAACAGCAGGCUAGAGGACCUCUGACAGGAUGGCUUCAAGCCCUGUUUGUAGUUCCUUCUGUUACUUUAAAGUCGGUGUUCAGAACCCAAUGUGCCUUGUAUUGACGUUUCCAUAGACUUCUAACUUUGCAGACUUUAUCCUUUAAAAAUAUUUGUCAAAAGACUUGCUGAAUCUUUACAAAAAGGGGCACUUUCUCUUUGUAAAUUGACCACUGUAAAGUGUAUUUUCCCACUACAGUUACUCUGUCCCAGCCUCUUACUUGGGCAAAUCUCUGCUGGCCGGUGUGUUCUGGGGUCUGGCUGUGUUUAACCUUCCCAAAGGACUUGUGCUCCCUGCUGCUUGCUUGUUCCCUGCUCAAAAUGAGUCUGCUCUUGCCAUGGCCGUUCCCAGGCGGCGAAAGAGAGGGUUUGCCAUCUAAGAUGGAAAAUAAUCCAUUUCACCAGAGAAAGAAUCAGAAGAUAAACUGUAGAUGACUUGGUCAAAGGGUCAGAGUUCUGUUCAUGCCUGAUCUCCCUAAUAAUCGUUAGAUGUUAUAUGCGCUGAAAGGAAGGUUCCAUAUGUCAGACAGAGCUCUGUAUGGAACAUGUACAGUGAGUCCUAACUGGGAGAGUUGGACACUUUCCUUGAAACAAGUUAUUGUUUGUUACCAUAUAACUUUAUUAAAUUUUGAGUUAGGAACCCUAAGAGAAGUCUUGUUUUUAGUUUUUUAGUCUAAAACCAAUAACCUUCAAAAAAGAAAGUACUACUUUUCUAAUUACAGCAGGAAAGAUAAUGAUAAUUAAAGAUUUGUGUUUUAAGAUUAAGUUUAUCAUCAUUUGUUUUUCUUCAAGUACCCAGUGUUUUGGGUUUUCUGCUUAGCUUUUUCACUAAAAUGCAGAAUUCCGACAUGCUUUAGUCCAUAACUACGGGAACUUAAGAGUUCCAUAGUUUUGCAGGUAAUUUAGAACCGCUCUGUGGCUCCUUGGACGCCGCUGCCUGAUCGAGGUCUGUUCUUUGGUUUUCCCCUUUAUCUUGCCCCAUUGUAGGAGGACAGUGCGGCAGGGGCCUUGUCUUCGGCAACCAAGAAGCAACAACAAAGCAGCCUGUCUGUAGCCCUAAACUAAAAGCUGUUGGUGAACCCUGGGCCCGUGCACCAUGUCCACGCAACGCGCUUCACUUUCUCCACAAAUGUGGAUUAGCACACAGUGGUGCCAUGGGAGCUGGGAGGGUAGAGGUGGGGCGGGCAGAGGCUUUACAGAGAAACAGUAAUUGCUCUUUAGGCACUCAGGGAAGAGCUCCAUCAGCAGCGGAGAAGCCAGAUUGCAGGGGUUUUGAAUUUUUUUUCAAGUAUAUUGAUAAUAGUUAAGGACCGUGAACCAGAAGAUAAGGGACAAUAUAUUUCUCUCUUGAAAGGCACAUAAAAAAUGACUCUGGUACUGAAUGUCAAGCAGUGCAUGCAGAUUCUUACAGAGCAAACCAUAGCUCUCACUAAGAACUUUCUGGAUUGGUUUAUUUUAUUUCUCUCUCUCCUCUCAAAAUAUAAAACACAGCCUCACAUUUGAGCAAGAGCCACCUGCCGCUUUACACUGUACAGUUUCCCACCAGCAUCCUCCUGCCUCAGCCCAGACUUACCUGAUGAGUCUGUCUUGCAUCACUCAUCAAAAACUGGGUCUUUAGUGUUUGCCCAGUGUCUAAAAUCAUCCAUCUCUUUAGGUAAAUUUCAGUCAGCCUUUGUUCUAAAUAUAUGACUUGAAAAAAAUUCUUUGAAUUCUUUGAAGUUGUGUGUACACUACUGCAGUGUGAACUGUUGUCCAGUGUAUCAGUUGCUUUCAUAUUUAAAGUGCUUUUCUAUUAGUAUAAGCAAAUUUAUUUCUGCAUUUUUGCCUUUAAAGUCCUUAGUAUUCUUUCUCAUCUCUUUUUUAAUAGCUACAUAAAGUUACUUUGGACACAGACCCACUGAACUUUCCACGUGAGAUGAUCCGUCUCUCCCAGAGGCAUUUUCUGAACUCCAAGAUGAAUGGAGACCGUCAGUUAAAGCUUUAAGUGGUGGGUGUAGCCUGUUGCUGGCCUUGAACUUUGUGUUUCAGGCUUAGAUGGAUAGUGAGCCUUUCUGAUGGGGCAAAGGAGGGAUAUUAGAUACCGCAGUGUAUUUAGGUGAUAAGAAUUUUAUACACAGGCUUUUUAUUCUAAGUAUUUGAAGACCAGCUGUUUUCUUGGUUUCUCUUUUCAAGCCAUCUAGUUGUUAGGCACCACCCAGGCAGCCACAUUAGGAAGUUGUCACCUAUUUACAGGCUGUAAUCAGAAAGGAAUUGCUUAUCAAACAGGUCUGGAAGGAUCUAAUGUGCUUCAAUGCAGAUGUCUCUCUUUUGUGAUAGAGUCAUCUGUCCAGAACUGUCUGGUGAGAAUUUCUCUUUCUUGCCUAGAAAGGUGUUCUUUCUGAGUUGGGGCUGAAGUCCAUCUCUGAGCUGAACAUCCCGAUGUGCCCAUUUGUGGGCUCAGCAUCGAGGUCCGGGAAGUGAAGUCAGGCAGGGUUACACACAGCUUCUGUGCCACACUCAUACCUAUUAUAGCCGUUCCUUUUUCCUGGCUUCAGCUCUGUGCCUGACAGUUUGUGAUCCUCUGGAGCCAGUGAGGGGAAGGGGGGGAGGUCCUCUGACAGGCGGUGAGGAUGAAUCUGUCACCUGCACAGUAGAGGAUGUCAUGACUGCUCCAGGUGACUCUGGGGUUUGGUGUGCUUGUUACUGAACAAAAUUACUUCCUAAGCUUGAGUCUGCAGCCAAAAUGACAGGAAUGAGAAGGCUCUUUUUGCCUAUGCUUUCUUAAAACUGUAGAUGAGUAAAUUGUCAACAUGGAUGAUGUUAGCCCUCUACAAGCCUGGCAUGGAGCUCUGCAUGGGGGAAAGGAAGAAGCAGUGUUAGAAAUGGUUGUGGGCGACUGUGCCUGUGGAAGGAGAGCGGCUUUCCCUUUUCUCCUCAUGGGCUCUGAAAGGUCAUUGCCUUUACCAGCAUCCAGUAUACACCAGAGAUAAGGGUAUGUGUCCAUGCGCGUGUCUGUGAGUGUGUGUGUGAGCGUCACUGUAAACAGCUUGUAAAUACUAUAGUUGUUUAAAAUGGAAAAUAAAAGCUGAGAAGUCUUUUGACAUAUAUUGAUCAGAAAAAAAUACAGUAUUGACUGUGGAUAAAAACAGGAAAUAAAUUUUUUCAUUUU